AUGCUCCCACGACCGUCGGGAACAUUUUCUCCCACUCCUUCCACAGGUCUACAGACUGGGAUCAGCCACUCUCCACAUCCUUCACAGGCUGGUGUGCUGGGUGCAGGUGCUAGCCCAAGUACCAGCAGUCCCACUGGCAAUUACGGCCUCUCCAAGAUCGCCGCUACCCAGGUCUCAGUGCUGUUAAGCACCCUGAAGACCAAGGAGGACGAUCCUGUCGAGUACGAAAAUAGGAGGAAAAGGUUGAACAAGCUCCUAGAUGACCACGGCAUGGAGGUCUUUACAAAAUACUUCACCAAGCUGGUGCUUGCCAGUGCGCCUCAGAUCUUUCCUGGUCUGAAUAGGCCCACUGGCGGUGCAGCAAAUCCGGGCAACUACUCUCUCCUUCAGGAAGAAAUGCGCAAGAUCUCCCACGAUGCCAACCAGGCUACGAAAAUCUCCGAAUCUAUCGAGACAGGGACUGAGGAUAUCUUCCGUGAUUUUGAUCUGUCGACAUUCAUGGAGCACUUCAGGCUGGAUGCGCUGGAGAAGACCAUAUUAGCCUUGGCCUUCAAGCUGGGCACUAGGCCUGAUCUGAAAACAAAAGCUGAUGCGAUCCUCUCGACCAACUUCCCCACCUUCCUCAACUUUGUAUCCCAGCCUGAGGGCGACCAUCAAGACUUGAGCCCCCAAUUCCUCGCUCUCAUCGUUGACCGGCUCAUCCAACAUCACCCUCCCAAUUUCAACUCCGCUUCGCAUAGAGAACUCACGUCCAGAAUUGAGAGUCGAUAUGCCCUGCUCGACCUGCCUCCCCCGUCAGAGUUGCUGGCGGCUCUGGAUCUUAACCGACUGCUGGUGGACAAGCCUUCCAACGCGCUUGUGUCGUACAUUCAGAAAGUCGGGCCCGACUUCACGCGAGACGAAGAAACCUGCGCCCGAUUCCUGCGAGACCGUCCCUCCUCGAUUCCACUCACCGAGGAGCAAGUAUCGAACGCGCUCACAUUUACCACAAUCAGUCAGACACCCCAGCCUCAACACAACCCGUCCGCCCUGGUUGCUGGUCUGCAACGAGUCCUGCCGCCUGGCUUCAGAUGGCAAGAUGUCAUCUCAUACUUUGACCAGCCUAGCGCGCGGAUAUCAUCUCCCCAGUUCCUGCGCCUCUAUCGCGCCCUUCUUUUGGUUGCGCAGGACGGCGCGUCUGACUUUGACAUCCAGCGGUUGUGGGGUGGGAACUGGGCCAACGCGGAUGCGCAUUUGUCCUUUAUCUGCGCUUUUGGCAGCCUCUCACCGGAGCAGUUGGACGCGAGCACAAUCCCUGGCCUGCGACCAACCUUUACCCUUGCCGAGUACGCACAGUCCCCACCUGCCAUACGUGAGGUGGCAGAGCAUGCCGCGAGGCACCCACUCGUUUCGGUCGAUGCGUUGUCAGCGGUCUUCGAUGUCGCCUUGAGCUCGGUUCAUGCCUCCCAGAGCACAGAGGCUAAGCGCCUUUUCAACGACGUUGUUGUCCCCAACCUGCACAUCUUUGUGGUAUCCGCAUUUGGCGUGCCGAAGCCCUGGCCCAGUCUGGCGGUUGAAACCCUUAACUCUCUGUUCGAUUCUUUUCUUUACAAGAGGCAAGAUGGAUAUGACUUCGCCUUAGACAGCCUCUGGCGAAAGGAUAAAGAUUUCGUCAAGCAAAAGCUCCUUGAGACGCAUGCCAUCCGAGCCACAGACUUACCGCUAUACUUUGAGCAGGCCGUCAAUCACGGCUGGCUCGAUGACUUUAUCCACGAGUUCAACGGCUUCGGGCUGGACCUUGUGGCUUUCGGUCAUGGUGAGGGCCAGCUCGACCUCGAGCAAUGGAUUAGGGCCAAUUCAGCCAGGAGUGCCGAGCUUGCGCCAGCGCUGCUUCAGUUUGUCAACAUCAAGGCCAAGUGCGAGAGCGAGUUCCAGCGUCCCACGCAGGAAGGGCACCCUAUCCUGAGGACCACCCCGCUGAAGGUCAAAACUGUCUUCAGUUUCCUGAAUGUGUUGACCGGGCUCCUGCCUCCCGAGACGCCCGCCUGGAUUGGCUGUCAACGCUCUUGCAUGACUGCGUACCCACGCUUGAUCAACUAUGGAGGCGAGUACGACGACGUCAUUGAUGCCAACGGCAAGGACGGCAACCACCUCCCGCCUGCUGCUACUGCCAGGAUGGAGGAUCACUACAAGAGCAUGUAUAAUGAACAGAUUGAAGUGAAGGACGUCGUCGGGGCUUUGGACAGCUACAAACAUUCCCGCAAUCCCCUCGACCAGGACAUCUUCGCUUGUAUGAUUCACGGCCUCUUCGACGAGUACAUGCACUUCAUCAGCUAUCCUACCAAGGCCCUCGCAACUACGGCAGUUCUUUUCGGGGGUAUGAUUUCCAGAAAACUUAUCGAUGGUAUUCCCCUGAAUGUUGGUCUUGGCAUGAUCCUCGAGUCCUUCAGGGAGUACGCUGCAGAGGAAAACAUGUACAGAUUUGGUCUGCAGGCCCUUAGCAAGAUGUACGGUCGUCUACCGGAGUGGCCAGGCUUCUGUCAGCAACUAGUGCAGAUCAAGAGCCUGCAGGGGACGGAAGCAUUCAAGGAGGCAGAGGCCGUCGUCAGCGUCAGCGUCAGCGAGGAAGGGCCAGCACGUCUGUCGAAUGGUGGUCUCGAAGCCCUUACCAACGGCAAUGUCUCGGAAGCCAUUGAGCCGCAAUUUGCGCCCUUUGCGUCCAUCAACGUGGAACCUCCUCCCUACGGCGUCGAUUUCGUAGACCCGACAGACGAUGACCAGGACAAGAUCCAGUUCAACCUUAACAAUAUCGAUCAGUCCUCACUGCGCUCUCGCUUCGAUGCGAUCCGUGAUUCGGUGGAACGCAAGCACCAGCAGUGGUUUGCCAUACACCUAGUCCAAGAGCGCGCCAAAAUGCAGCCGAACCUUCACCAGAUGUACCUCGAUCUGGUCAAAUUAUUUGAGGACAACUCGCUGUGGGCCGAGAUCCAAAGGGCUACCCUCGUCUGCGUUUCGCAAUUGCUCAACUCGGAGGGCACAAUGCACAGCGCGACGGAGCGAGCCCACUUGAAGAACCUGGGUGGCUGGCUGGGCAUGCUAACUCUAGCACGGGAUAAGCCUAUUCGACAUCAGAAUAUCGCCUUCAAGCAGCUACUCAUCGAGGCACACGAUACGAAGAGGCUAAUCGUCGUCAUCCCAUUUGUGUGCAAGGUCCUGGACCAAGGCAAAGCGUCAACUGUGUUCCGUCCACCGAAUCCCUGGCUGAUGGAUAUCAUCCACCUUCUGAUCGAGCUAUACCACAAUGCAGACAUCAAACUCAACCAGAAGUUCGAGAUCGAAGUAUUGUGCAAGAAUUUAAACUUGGACCACAAGAGCAUCGAGCCAUCCGGAGAAAUUCUGAAUCGUGUGGUCCUGGAAGAACCUGCACAGGUUCCCCAGGCCGAUGGACUGGAGGCCUUCGACAAUUUGUCUCUCAAUGGAAUCGGCCAACGUGUGGUCAGCAAUCUGCUGCCUCAGGUCGCUGUACCCUCCAUACCAGACCUCGGAUCUCGCCUGAUCAUUCCUCCCAGCAAUGAGAUGGUCGUCAGCAGCAGUCGCCUGCGUGACAUCGUCCACACGGCCUUCAACAAGGCUUUGCAGGAUAUUAUUCAGCCUGUCGUGGACCGAUCCGUCACUAUUGCGGCUAUCAGCACGCAACAGAUGAUACGCAAGGACUUCGCGACCGAGCCUGACGAGAACCGUGUGCGAAACUGUGCCAUUAGCAUGGUGAAGGCGACUGCGGGCAGCCUGGCACUUGUCACUAGCAAGGAACCACUCCGCGCCAAUUUCACCAACUAUAUGCGCCAGCUCUCGGGAGAUAUUGUUGGAGGUCUACCAGAAGGCACAAUUAUCAUGUGUGUCAACUCCAAUCUCGAGCUUGCGUCUGGCGUCAUAGAGGAGGCAGCUGAGAGGCGGGCCGUUCCCGAGAUUGAGGAAAUGAUUGAAGCGGAGGUGGAAGCCCGACGUCGCCACCGGAUGCAACGACCGAAUCAGCCAUACGUCGAUGCUUCCUUGAAUCGGUGGGCUAUGACUAUGCCCGACCCUUACAAGAUGGCACCUAGCAUGGGCGGGCUGAAUCCCGAGCAAAUGGCCAUCUACGAGGAGUUCCAGCGGCAACCUCAUCCAGCUUCGACUACUAACACCCCGUCACAUAUCGCCUCCACAUCAGACGCGACUAGGUCUAUGGCCAACGAAGUGCUGCAAGACCAAUACAGCUCUCUGCCGGCCAUCCCUACCCCUGCUGAGACCCCUUCACUGCCUUCGGUUUCUGGACACGCUCCAAGCUACUCUCAUGGCCAUGCCGGAUUGACAAAUGGACGACAGCCUGCUGCCAGUGGGCCUGAUCUUGGUCUUCUUGCCCAGAGGACCCAGAAGCUCUUCCAGGAUUUGCAGAGGGCGGCGACCGAGGCGUCGGAGGAGCAUUAUGACGAGCUUCCGCGGGGCCAUGCUGUUCUCGAGACAAUGGAUGCCCUCAUCUCCGUGAUCAUUAAGACGCGGAAUACGUCUGAGGAUUAUAUUACCUUCGUAAUGUUGUCCAUGUGCGAGGCACUGGUCGGCCCCGUUGAGGACAACCUUGUCUUGGAGACUUUCAUCCAUGCUCUUACUACCCUCCGCCGGAUGCUGGGUCCUGCGGUCAGCGACUACGCGAAGAACUUCUUCCAGCGCCUCGAGACACCGCAGAGAUUCCUUCGCCUGCCUCUUAUCAAAGCCUUUGCGGGAACCGAGUUCCUCGACUGGCGCACACUUGAUGAGGCACUUGCCCGACACAUCAGGCAGAAGGAUCAGGCAGGGCUGCAUCUACUGGAUGAGAUCGUGAAGAUGACAAUCCUCAGUGAUGUCCCGAUGGCACUCUUCGCAAAUCUUGGCCUUAGUGUCGACGCGGCGUAUGCUUGGAUCAUGGAAGAUCACGAGGUACCGCGCGGCGACCAUCUCAAGUCAGUCCUGGACGCUGUCCGCGCGCAACAGAUAUCAACACAGACACGCGAGGACAGGAUUUUCGCACGCCAGGAACAGAUGGAAUACGUCUUCGAGGAGUGGGUCAAUCGUUUCCGCAGUGCUCAGAUGACCGAUAAGCUCGUGCGCAACUUCUUGAAGCAAAUGCAGGACAGCGAUGUCGUUCGUUCCAAGGAUGACCUGUUCUUGUUCAUCCGCGUUGCCCUGGACAGCUCCGUGGCGCAUGUAGAACAGGCUGUCACCGCGGGCAUCUCGAUCGAGGAGGCGUUUGUCUUCGUUGACGCCCUGACGAAGCUCAUAGUGGAGUUCGCCAAGUGUGGGGAGUUCGAGGACGGCGCAGUGACCCCGAUUUGGCUCAUUGAGUCUGCCUGGGUUCUGGCUACGAUGAUUGUCAACUUGCACACCGUCAAGAGGGCAGAGUUGUUCAACCAACGGGUUUUCUUCAGAUUCUUCUCCGACCUCAUCUUCGAGAGCAAGGCCUUCUUCGAAGAGCAAGGCAGCGCCGACUGGGGACGUGCCCUGCUGAAGAUGGCAGCAAGGCUCAACGCUCUCGGACCCAGCCUCAUCCCCGGCUUCGUCUACGGAUGGAUGGCUCUCAUCUACCAUCGAGCUUUCUUGCCCGAGAUCAUGAAGCUGGGCGCUGGGCCAGGAUGGGAUGCCUACACCAAACUCCUCAAACAGCUGUUAGAUUUUGUGGGAGAAUCGCUGAAGCAUCUGGAGCUGUCUGAAACCGCCAGCAAGCUCUACGAGACGGCUGUCAAGCUGUUGAUCGUGCUGGAGCACGAUUAUCCGCACUAUGUGGCUGCGAACUCGGCGGCUAUACUGGCCAGUAUCCCGCCUCACUGUACACAGCUUAUCAACACCGUCCUCAUGGCAUCGGCCAACAAGCUGCCUGAUCCGCUGGAACAGGGAUCGAGCUCUAUGGAGAGUCGGGAUGCAGUACCUCAGGGGCCGGAGCAGGCCGCCAACUUCCUGCAAAGCAUGGGAUUGCUGGACAUGCUCAACUCAGCUCUUGAGAAUGGGCCAUCCGAGGACGCCAUUGCGCACUUGACGCACGCCACCACACGCACUGAGGGCAAGACAGGCUUCGGGUAUCUCACCAUCCACGCCAACCUUGCUGUCAUCGACGCCCUCACGUCAUACAUCGGUCACAAGCAGGCGGGUCAGCAAGCUCUUGAUCCAGAUGCCCCGUCUGUCCUAAUACUGUCUAUGCUGCUGCUCGAGCUGGGUCCGGAGGCACGAUAUUACCUCAUCCUAAGCAUGGUGAACCACCUGCAAGGAGUCAGCCCAGACGUGCCGUUCUUCAGGGAGCUUCUUCUGCAUGUCUUUGCGCAUGACCUGACGGACCCGGAGGAGACGGAGGUUCGCGAGCAAAUCACACGAGCGUUGCUGGAGCGCCUACUCGGCUACUGGCCGCAGCCAUGGGGCCUACUAUCGACGGUGGCUGAGCUGGCCAGGAACGAGAGGUACAUGUUCUUUGAUCUGCCGUUUGUCAAGGCCAAUCCUGAGGUGGGCGACAAAUUUGCACAACUCGCGAAUGGUCAGGUCUAGAGACGCUGGUCACGAUGAAAGCGAAGGCGGGCGAGGACCAAACACCAACAUAGGGUGUAAUAUAAGGGCCAGUGAUCGAUGUAACAAUGGCGCACUCCUGGAGAAGGCUCGGAUGGCCGAAAGUGCGACUACACACUACACGACUCGACACAGAUGCAUGCAUGUACUAUCAAAAGUCUGGGGGAGGAGUUUAUAGGAUUCUGGGCUGGCUGGUUCGGAAUGGGGCGUCAAAUGGUUUUUUUGGUUUGAUAGAUAGGCCGGGAGUCAGGGGUCGACAUUAACGGACAGUGCAUAGAGAUGCAAGUCAAAAAGUGAUUCACCGAAGUACGUGGUUGUCCGUGUAUAUCUGUAUGAGUACAUGAUAAUACGAAAUCAAUUGAGAAGAG